AUGGCCCCGGAAAUAGGCAAACCCGUCUUCGACGCGAACAGCCCGGAACCUGCCACAGACCUCAAAUCCCAGCUUCGCCCUUCUCUAUACAAUCACUCCCUCGUCACCACAGAAUAUGAUGCCCUGAAAUUCCACGCCGCAGCAUCCCUCCAGCUCCAAUUCGGCCAUCCACAGGAUUCAGCUUCCCCACAGAGCGACCUCUUAAUCACAUCGCCGUAUAAUGAUCCUAAACAUCUCCUGGAUCUCAAAACCCUCGAUAUACCCAAUCAGUUGCUUGCGAAGGCGUUCACGAUCCUCAGACCCGUUCGUGACGACUACGCCACGGCAGCUUACACCGAGGCCUUCAAUUGGUCGGCUGCGUUUGAUUUCCUGCAGUAUUUAGCCCGGUUUGAGGGGUACCAGUGGGAGAAGCAGCAUUUUUACGUGGUUGUCUUUCGAUCCCGGUUGAGGGCCGAUAUCGAUAAUCAGCGGUUGCAUGAUUUGGACGCGUAUUCGCACCAGGAAGCCGUUGCUAGUGGAGGGUUAUUGAAGUAUUGGUUUGGGUCGAAGGACGAGGAGAGGAGGAAUUUGGCUACUUGUGUCUGGCGUAGUCGCAACGAUGCCAGAUUGGGCGGCACCGGGCCCUGGCAUAAGAAGGCCCGUGGGGCGGCGCGAGAUCUAUACGAGACUAUUAGUUUUACGACGUUGAAGUUGGUCAUUGAAGAUGAUGUGCAGGCGUGGAGUUUUACGAACUGGACGGAUAAGGAUGAAUGA